UCUGAGCGUGUGGUGAAUCAUUUCAAUGGUUCGAGGAAAAGAGUUUUCAAUGCAUGAACAAGGCUGAACGGCGCAGAGUCUGAAGUUCUCUUCUUCGCAGAAGGCAACGCACAAGGCGCUGUCGUCCACAGCGUGUGUGACCGGGGGAUGUCAUCCCCCUGUGUGAUAGCAUGGGGUGGGUUGGUCUCACACACCUGUUCGUUUUGGCCAUCACCCCUGCUCUGACCGAGGGAUGCUGCCAUGAUAUACAGCCUCAGCGGACCUCAGAAAGUGUUAGACACCCACCCAGACAUCACUACAGAGUGGUCCUUGGGGAGCCCUUCGAGCUGAAGUGCGUGGCGGCCGUGUCCCCUGGGAGCGAUGUGCGGUGGUCCAGGUUUGGGGCAGGGUCGGGUGUGGAGGACCCAGUGCCGGUCAGCACAGAGAACCUUCUGAAGAUCCCGGCCGUGACCGCAGAUCAUUCCGGAAACUACUCGUGUGGCAAUGAGAGUGGCGCGUUACUGGACCUCCAGCUCCAGGUGUUGGAGGGGUCCAGGCGGGCCUGCUCUGAGCUGGGGCCCAAACAGGUGACCCUGACCUUGGGCGCGGGAGGGGGGAUUGACUGCCCUCCUUCCACCUGUGGCGACCCAGACCUCAACAACUCGCAGGUCACAUGGUACAAGAAGGGCCGUUCGAUCUCCGAGCUAAAGAAGCAGAAGAGGAAGGAUGUGCGCUGUGAGGGCCCCCGCUUGACGCUGAUCACGGUGUCCGACAAAGACUCGGAUGUGUUCUACUGUGACCGACACGCAAGUGGCCCCGGGCCCCUCUGGAUCACAAGGAGGGCCGUCAACGUCAAUGUCAUACCCCAAGAUACCGAAGACCCCCCCACGAUCCUGGAUCCCAACAGCAACAAAACUGAAGAAGUGGUCAUAGGUGAGCCACAUACUCUACGGUGCAAGGUGACGUUUGGUUUCGAGAGGAACAUUUCCUCCAAGGUCCAGUGGUACACCAACACGGCGGCAGACCAGGCACUGAAGUUUCUGAUUGGCCAACAGGAGCAGACGAGAGAAAUAACGACGUUCAGUCAUACGGAGGUGACCCAGGUGGCGGUCCUCAAGGUGGUCACAGAGCUCCACCUGCAGCAGGUCUUCAGCUGUCUGGCCACCAACGCCAAGGGGACCACGAACUGCACCGUCAGACUGCGGAGACGGGACGCAGGCCACUGGCUAACCGGGGCGGUCGUCCCCGUGGUGUGCGUGGUGCUGCUGACUGGGCUGGGGGUGGUGUUGCACCUCCGCACCCUGGAGCUCACACUCAUCUACAGGUCUUACUGGCAGAGCAGCGACCAUGUAGGAGAAGACAGCAAGGACAUCGACGUGUUUCUGUUUCACGCGUGGAGCCAUGCGUCAGAGGACGGCACAGGAACUCACACCGCGCUUCUGCCCUCUCCGUCCGGGGAGCAAGGGUCUCCACUGAGCAGUGAACCCCUGUCCUACACACCACUUGAGGUGCUGCUGCGCUUGACUCUAGAGGGGUCAGGUUACCGGCUCUUCUUGAUGGAGAGAGACCUGCUACCAGGAGGAGCGUACACAGAGGAUGUGGUCAGGGUUAUACAGAGGAGCAGAUGCCUUGUAUGUUUGCUGUCAGGUGACUUCCUGUCCAACAGCAGUGCUGUGUUCAUGUUGGAAGCUGGAAUCCAGGCUUUGCUGCGCGACCAUGAACUCAAGGUGAUGGUAAUCUGGACGGAGCCAAGACCUGCAUCCAUGGGUCAGCUGGAUCCACCUCUGCCCAGGCUGGUGCACAGAGCCUUGAGGGUCCUACCCUGUCUGGACUGGCUCCCUGGCCUGUCACCGGACUCUUCCAGAAUGUUCUGGAAGUCAUUUUGGAAGGCCAUGCCAAAACAGAAUGGAGCAUCACUCACUCAAAGCCAACCUGUGUAGUGACAACGUGACCAAUGUUGUCACUGUGACAAUUGACCAAUUCCCCAGUAAGGCACAUUACUGAACGUUAUUUUGAAGGUUUUAUCUACUAAUUAGAUUGAGGACACGCUGGUAAGCAGCCAUACCUCCGAAUUUUGGGCAUGUCCUCACUUGAGUGGAUUGGAAUGAGUAGCUUAGGGCCCAGAAGGACGAAUUUUAUCAUGGUGUUAAGAAACAUGCAAAGCUGGCUGUACUUGUAGUCCCGGAAGAAAUUGUUGGAAUAAUCUAUUCAUAGUAGCAAUAAGAUGCACUACAAACAAAUGGUUGAAACCAGAACCUCCCACAUGGGGGUAAAGGUGUUGGAAAUGAACCAGAUGGAAGAUUCUAAUAUUUUUUUAUUUUAUUACAAUUAUAUAGUUUUUUUUACUUACUUGUACAAUACUUGUUGCACAAAGUGUUAAGUUAUAUGGAUUUAAUGAUGCAUUUGUUUGAUUGUUGCAACUUUUUUUUUUUUUCUCAAACCAAAGUUUAAUAACAAUGUAAGAAUACAAUGUUCCCCAACAAUUGUAUUCUUCCCCAGCUUCCCCAACAAUGUUCUUAAGAAUCCAAACUAGUGAAUCUCAAAACGAUCUACAGCGCAACUUAAGCAUCAGAUUGUAAUCAUGUACAAAAUGUAAAUGCAUUAUUAAUUCUUCCGAGUUACUAAAGCUUUGUAAAAGUUUAUUCUUCUUACUCUAACUUGCUUUAGAAAUGUCGUCCAUUUUCCUGAGUGGGUACAACCAGUCAUCGUUUUCACGCUAUAGAAAGCCUCUUCUCGUUUGGACAUCAAACACAACAGUUAAAUAUUUAGGUGAUUAAGUGUGCAGAAGACGGUGUAAAGCAACAUACAAAUCAGACAUGAUACAAGGAGAAUUUCCAGGUUUUUAUUUUGGGGAAAGAUGUUUUGAGGCACAGGGGAGCUUAGUGUAGUUGACUCCAGUUCAUAACUCUCACACAUAGCAGGGAAGGUCGAGAGUACAUUGUUUAGUUAAAUACUUAAUUAUUGUUCAUGCACAAUCAAAACCGAAAUAAUGCCUAUCCACUGGCUCAGCAUUAGAUAUGGUUGUUUCCGUGACAAGACUGCCAAUCAGAAGUUAUGAAUGACAACAUACAAAUCAGAGUGGUUGACAGAAUUAAAAAAGGUUGUUUCCCUCCAGUUGAGCACGAAUCAACUUUUCUGCACUCCCAAAAGACACGCCCACAAACAAGCGUGCACACACACACACACAC